CUCUUGAUCUAAUGCACUAUGGAAUCGAACACUGUUGCCAAAAGCAUACAGAUCUCAAGAGAGGCCAAAGACAAGUUCUUGCUGAGCUUUCUUCGAUUCCUAUACCCUCGAGUGGUUCAAUUUCAAAUGUGGCAAGACAGAAGUUUUCUAUUGAUCGGUUAUCAUUUCGUGUUCCUCCCUGUUUACAUCAAGAUGAGAAUUACCAUCAUACUGGAGUCUUUGCUGAUGAUAAGUACAGGAGGCCAUGGAAAAGAGUUUCAGUUAUUUCCACACAAAAAAUGAUGGAUCUUUCAGUCCUGGAUCAAUGGAAGCAAAGUUUAUAUGUAGAGGAUUUCCUGGAGAAGUCUGUACCCUUUAUUUACAAUCAAAAUUAAUUUUCUUGAUGCUCAUCUGAAUAAUGCCUGAAUUGUAAAUUAAUAAUUAUAAUAAGAGUAUAGAAAGGUUUUGUUGUUAACAGUACAGAGUAUCUGUGGCUUAAUUAACAAACAUCUUGCAGUUUACUUUUAUUUACCUGAGACUUGCACUGCAUUUACAUGGAGCAUUUUCUGCUUCCUACUUAACUUGAAAAAAUAGUGGAAUAAUGAGCUCUAAAGUAUACCUUCUGCCAUUCAGCUAAACCCUUGAAAUCUGUUUAUGACCAUAAAAGGGAAGAGUCAGGAUUCGUGGGUUUUUGGUUUUUUUUAAAAGAGGAAGUUACAGUUCAGAAAACUGGAAUGAGCCUAUUCAGAAAAAGGCUUUCUGUAAAUCUUUAAAAAUAUGUCAGGGGGUGGUGGUGGAGCUCAGCUUACAUUUUAGAGAGAUGUACAAAAAUUAUUCUACUAGUCAAGAAAUAGCAAUUAAAAUGUCUGGCGUAGCAAAUCAGAUAUGAAAAACAUGUUCUUUGAAAAAAGAUUUCCUUUUUUGGAAACGUGGCCUUUUUAGUUUGCAUAGGAUUUGAAAGGGAAAGUAUGUUUUGUAAUAAACAGAUAAAUGGUGCCUCUUUCUGCUCUCACAGCAUUAUAAAUUUGAAAUGACUGCAUUGAAGCCAGUGGAGUUACACCAAUGUAAAAUGGUUUAAGUUUGGCAAAGCUAUAAGCAACUGAUAAUAGGGUCAUAUAAUGGGGAGUGUCAAGCAACCUUAACUUUAGGUGCCACUACCUGUACCACCCAUAAUAAAGGGUCUGGCAAACUUAAAAUCACAGUUCUGCCUGAUUAUGAGUUACUGAACAUUAUUAUGAGUAAUGUUUAAGAUUACUGUAAUUAAAGAGUUAGAGGAAAAAGUAUAUCUCAGUUUUUCAGUUUGUUUACUUUGGGUACUUGAGAACACUUCAUAUAUAGUCAG